GUACAAGUGUUUCAGAAUAAAUAAAGGCACCAAACACGAACCCAGAGGGAACGCUUAGAGCACCUCUCUCUCUCUCUCUCUGUGCCCCCUCCCUGAAACCGAUAAUUCAUAAGCAGCCAGAGAGGUUUAAUUUUAAUGUCUACCCACCAUCUCUGAAUCCCUCUAUUCUCUCUCUCUCCCCACCUCUGCCAGGAAGGCCCAUUCUUAUCUGUCAUUUGCUCUGUGUUUGGUUCGAAAACCUCUUCCAGAUAUUCCGAGAGCAAGAAAAAAGAAGAAGCUCGCUUAGCUUCUUGCAGGUUGUCCUCUCUGCUUUCCUUCCUGUCCUUUUUUCCUCAGAUCUAUUACCUCCCUUUCCGUCUUUUCCCUCAUUCCUUCAAUUCGGGGAGCGCUUCAAUUCAAACAUGAGUCAAGAAGAGUUCUUGAAGAUACAGAAAACUUUCCUCAAAGUGAACAUACACUGCGAUGGGUGUAAGCACAAAGUGAAGAAAAUCUUGCAGAAAAUCGACGGGGUGUUUACGACGGAGAUAGAUGCGGAACAGGGGAAGGUGACGGUGACUGGGAAUGUGGACCCUAAGGUUCUCAUCAAGAAACUAGCGAAGUCAGGGAAGCAUGCAGAGCCCUGGGGUGCUCCCAAAUCGAACAACAGCCAGAACCAGAAUCACCUCGCUAACCAGUUGAAGAACAUGCAAAUCGACAAUGGCAAAAGCGGUGGAAACAAGGGCCAGAAAGGUGGAAACAACCAGCCCAAGGUUGGCGGCAGUGGAGGGCAGCACGGAGUACUGACUCCUCAACAGCUUCAACAGCUCCAGCAACUUCAAGGUCUUCAAGAUCUGAAACUCCCUCAAUUCAAGCUACCUCCGGGCCAUAACCUAAACCAGAACCAGAAAGCUCUGAAGUUGGACAUGCCGGAUGACGCCGAUUUCAGCGACGACGAUGAGUAUGAUGACGAUGCUUUGGAUGGCGACGAGUUUAGCGAUGAUGAACUGGACGAACAUCCCCUUCGCCUGAACAAGAUGAAACCUCCCAUGGGAAACGGCGCUGCGAUGACGCUCAACGGCAUGAACAUGAUGAAUCAUUCGAAGGGACCAGUUAAUGGGAAAAAAGGGGGCGGCGGAGGAGCGGUGCCAAUUCAAGGACACGGUAUGGAUGGUGGAAAUGACGAAAAUGGGAACGGAGGAAAGAAAGGCGGAGGAGGAAAUAAUCAGAACCAAGGCGGAGGUAACAAAAACAACGGUGGGAAAAAUGGGAGCAACGGUGGCGGUGGUGGAAACAAUAACAAUGGAGGUAAAAAGGGUGGUGACGGUGGUGGCAAGAACGGGAAGAUGGAAGGUGUUCAAGCUAUGAACAGAGGUUUACAAAGCAUGGGCGGCGGCGGGGAUGGUAACAAGAGCAUCGCCAUGGGGCCGAUGGGCAACAUGCCGAUGGGUCAAAUGGGCAGCGUCCCCGCCGUUCAAGGCCUCCCGGCAGCCUCCAUGAAUGGCGGCGCCGGAGGAUACUUCCCAGGCGGUGGUCGGGAUGUUAUGGCAGGAAACCCUUACAACCAAGCGCCGCCGCAGCAGCAACAGCAGCAUUUGGCUGCACUGAUGAACCAGCAGAGAGCGAUGGUGAACGAGAGAUACCAGCCUAUGAUGUACGCGCCACCGCCGGCGGCGGUGAACUGCAUGUACCCUCCGCCGCCGUACCCUUAUCCCCCUCCCCCUGACCCCUAUCCGAACUAUUUCAGCGACGAGAACCCUUCGAGCUGCAGCGUGAUGUGAAACAAAAGGAUUUGGGAGCGCGGGGAAGAAGACAGGAAUAUACGAAAUGGAGAUGAGAUUUUUUAAUGUUGGGUUUGUAAUCUUGUUUUGUUUUUCCAAUGGAAAGUUCCAAUGGAAAGUUAAACGGAUGAGUAGUCUAUAAAUAUGACAUACAAGGUUUGGGUGGGAGAGCGAGCGGCGGGGGAGGUCUAACACCUCAUGGGAGAUAAUGUCUGUAUAUGUUGAGAAAAAGGAAAUAAUAAUUUUUUUUUAUGGUAGAA